ACUACUUUGGCGGGUGCUCGCCUCCUCCUCGCCUAAACUUUGGGUGCAGAGGGGCGGAGCCAGAGGCCGGCGCAGCCUCCUCCUCCUCCUCCUCCGCCUCCCCACCGCGCCUAGGCCGAGGGCGGUGAGAGGUGUAGCCCGAGGGGAGACCCGGAAGCGUGGGGAGAGGCACGGAGCAGGACCUGCGCCGCGCGGUCGCCGUUGCAGUCUCCUGCUCCGUCGCCGCCGCGGCGGGGCCAAGGAAGACGAGAGGGAUCGAGGGGGAGCGGUGGCCUGAGGCGCUUCGCGAAGGUUCCAGAAUGGCGGGUGAUUUCGCGCGUUAGAUUUAGGUUUUGUGAUGUUGCAAGGAGCAAGUUUGUUGCGGUGUAGUGGUAGACUAGCAAUCGUUCCUGCCCCCCUCUUCGUUUUGUUCCAUGGCAUGAAACUCCAAGCUGCGGUUUUUGCGCCGGAAUUGGGACUGGAUUAGUGUCAGCGAUGACAGUGAUAAGUUCGAGUCGGACAAUGAUGGCGACGUUGAGGAGGCGCCGACCUUUGAAGCUGCUGGUGCCGGUCCAUCAGCACCGGCCUCGAGGAACAUCGAUGCUCCUGGCCCGUCCACACUGGUUGUUAAUGGGAAGGCUGGGCCAUCUGCCUCUUUGGUGGAACAAUUUGUGCCGAUGGGUUUCACGGAGGACAUGAUCUUGAAGGCCAUGAAGCAGAAUGGUGAUGGUAGCACAGAGUCAUUACUUGAGCUUCUUCUCACCUACAAGGCAAUAGGUGAUGACCCUUCAGUGGGUAACGGCUCUGCUUCUGGUUGUGCUCCCCAGACUGUUGAUGACAGUGAUGAUGAUGGCAUUCUUGAAAUUUGGGAUGAUGAGGGUGCUGGUGGGAGCAGCAACAUGAGUCCUAACUCUGAUGAUUCUGGUGAUGAGGAUUUCUUACAAGAAACGUCUCAGAAGGACGAGAAAGUCAAGUCCUUACUGAAAAUGGGUUUUCCUGAAGAUGAAGCCACAAUGGCUCUUACUAGAUGUGGGCAGGAUGCAUCUAUCUCUGUUUUGGUUGAUUCAAUAUAUGCUGCACAGACUGCCGGAGAUGGUUACUGCGGCAAUUUCUCCGACCAUGAGGAUAUUUCCUACGGAGGAAGAAAGAAAACAAGGCUCAUGGAAGGGAACAAGAAAAAGAGAAAGAGAUUUGGAGGCGAAGGACAAGGAAGUAGAGGGGCCUUAGAUGGUAGCCAUGAUGAGCCAAUGCCUCUCCCAAACCCUAUGGUUGGAUUUAACCUGCCCAAUGAGAGGUUAAGGUCAGUGGACAGAUGGCUACCUGCACAAGCUAUUGGGCCACCGUACUUCUACUAUGAGAAUGUGGCGCUUGCUCCGAAAGGUGUCUGGACAACGAUUUCAAGGUUCUUGUAUGAUAUCCAGCCUGAAUUUGUGGACUCGAAGUUCUUCUGUGCUGCUGCCAGGAAAAGAGGUUAUAUACAUAACUUACCACUCGAGAACAGGUCCCCUCUCCUUCCCUUACCCCCAAAGACAAUAGCUGAGGCCUUCCCCCGUACUAAGAAGUGGUGGCCCUCAUGGGACCCAAGAAGGCAGUUUAAUUGCCUCCAGACUUGUGUGGCUAGUGCAAAAUUGGCAGAAAGGAUCCGCUUAGCUCUUUCAAAUAGUGAAGAUCCACCACCUCUAAGAGUUCAGAAGUAUGUGUUGGAAGAGUGCAGGAAGUGGAACCUUGUGUGGGUUGGUCUGAACAAAGUUGCUCCUCUAGAGCCUGAUGAGAUGGAGUUCCUGCUUGGCUUCCCAAAGGACCACACCAGAGGAAUCAGCAGGACAGAGCGCUACAGAUCACUUGGCAAUUCCUUCCAAGUGGACACCGUUGCUUACCAUCUCUCAGCGCUUAAGGAUAUGUUUCCACAUGGCAUGAAUGUGCUCUCCUUGUUCUCUGGUAUUGGAGGAGCGGAGGUAGCUCUCCACAGGCUCGGGAUACGCAUGAAGACAGUGGUUUCUGUUGAGAAGUCUGAAGUCAACAGGACUAUCUUGAAAAGCUGGUGGGAUCAAACGCAAACAGGCACGUUGAUUGAGAUUGCUGAUGUACAGACUCUAACUUCUGAGAGGAUAGAGUCGUCUAUCCGUAGAAUUGGCGGGUUUGACCUGGUGAUCGGCGGUAGCCCGUGCAAUAACCUUACUGGGAGCAACCGCCACCACCGAGAUGGCUUAGAGGGCGAGCAUUCGGCCCUAUUCUAUCAUUAUUUUAGGAUCCUGGACUCUGUGAAGUCCAUUAUGGAGCGGAUGUAGUUUUUUAGUGUAAUAUUUAUUACCAUCUUUCCAGAUUUUUUUAGCAUUUGCUCUAUGAGGAAACUAGUUAAUGAUUUGAAUGUUGACUGUUGUAAUUCUCAUGUCACUGUGAUUUAGGCCAUUUUUAACCCCCUUCAAUGAUCAAAGCAAAUCGUCACAAAUUUGUGGCAUUGGCGA